AUAACUUCACAUCAACCCCGCGCUUUGGGACUGACCGCUUCCUCUCAACCUCGUUCAUCACUGGUCGGUCCGCCUGCCGUCCCCGUGGCCUGAGGAUCACCCGUGGAUCUCCCUCCUUCCUUUUCUCCUCCUCUCCUCUCCUCUUUCUUUCCUCUCGUUAUUUUAUCCUCCCAUCAUCAUCAUUAUCAUCAUCCUCAUCUUCUCCUUCUUCUUUCUCCUUCUCUUUCUCUUCUCUUGAUCUCCAUUCCCCUUCUUUAUUUUCUUGUUCUAUCCUAUAACUCCAACUACUUAGUGGCAGCGGUCUGCAUCUGCUCUCGUCUCUCCUCGCUACUGCCCCACUUGCUCUCCCUAUACCUCUUUCAUCAUGCAACCAAAUCACUACGAUUUCCUCGGUCAGGUGCAGCACGAAGACCCUCGAGUAACCGGUCGACUGACGCGAGACCACCAUCAGUCGUCGCGCGAUCAUCUACUUUCUCAGCAGUCACGUUCUCCCGCUGCCCGCGCCCCCACGAGAUCAGAAGAUUCCUGGAUCGAGGUCGCAUCUCAGCCCUCAUCCUCAUCCCUCUCCUCCGCAGGCACCAACGACGAUAUCAUCACAACCGGUCUUCGUGUUCAGCAGCAAGACCCCGGUCGCUACCAUCGAAGUCGACGACGACGGCUGCAACAACUGGCUGCCAUCACAACAGCUCAAGUAGACUACUCAUCCCGCGAACAAAGUAGCAGUCAAGACGAAUAUGAGGAAAGCGAGAGUGAAUCCGAUCAAGUGCUCAGCAGCUCUGAGGAUAUGAUGCGUCCGCCCGAGAGACCGCAUCCACUUCUAGUCCCAACAGGCCCGUCCCCGCUGCCAUCCGAUGCCCCUUCGGAAGAGGACGAGGAUGACGACGAUAAUUCCACAGCACUAGGCAUGCGCAUCAGCUCAUCUCCAUUCGUCCCUCAGCCCAACGUCUUCUCUCAUCCGCCAGCAUCUCAAGAUCCAUCUUGGACAAGGCCUAUGGAACGACGACACCGUUCGGAACCCAGUGAGGUGUCAAAUUCCAGUCGACGGACCGCUAUCAGGGCUCGGCGGGAUUCUCAGGCGAGCAUCCGCUCUGCUCGAAGAUCCUCUUAUCAGCACAGUCCAUACAACAUGAUUUCUCCGUCCCACCACGCCGAUCACGAUGCCGCCCUCCGCGCCAGUCUUUCUACAUUACUAUCCUGUGCCGCAGCAGCUCGGGGUCUGCCCAAGGCCGACAGCCAGCCAGUUCAGCCAGGUCCCUCGCGAGCGCCGGCACCGUCAUCAUUCCGACUGGUGUCAGAGUCGGUCGCGAUGGGGGAAAUCUGCGAAGAAGAAACGGCAGAAGCUAAUGCAGCAGCAAAAGUCCGGUCUCCGCGGUCCGGACCGUCCCCACCCCCCUACUCGCCCAGGAGCGUUCCGCCAGCGCCUGUGCGAGCCAAACGACGGUCCAGCCCGUCCAAGGAACGCAGCCAUUCGGCCAAAAAGACUCGACGAGGUAGCACCGUGGAACCCGUUCCCACCGCUAGCCCGACGAUCAUGACCUGGGUGAUCAGCGCUGGAGUAGUGGUGCUGUUCUCAGCUAUCAGCUUUUCUGCAGGCUACGUGCUAGGCCGCGAAGUCGGCAGACUAGAAGGUAGCACUGGGAUCGGUGCCAUGGGCGACGGUUCGGGGGGUCGAGUAGCCACUGGCUGCGGUCAAGAAGCUGUCCGGGGCAGCCUGAAACGCUUUCGCUGGGGGACCGGAACUUCUGCCUCCGGCAUCAUGGCAUAAAUUUGUUUUCUUCAUGGAGUAUCCUUGGCUAUGUUGACGAAAGACGUUAAUGGACGAUGGUAAUGGACUCUGGGUUGGUUGCAUUUUCUUUCUUGGGAUCAUAUUGGUCUCGAGGUUCGAUCCUUCUCAUCACGAUGCAU